AUGUGGCAAUCACGAGAUGUAGCUCGAGAGGUGCCCUCAGAUGUGGAAUCAUCUUUCAGUGUGUCUUCAACGUUUCGACACACCGGAAACUAUAAUCCACCUCAACAUCCCCAUCCCAGACAUGCCAAAGAUGCGGAGCACAAACCUAAGACACACGGGUUAUUCGGCGUCAUGGUCGUUGGAUUAGGUGGUGCUAAUGGGACAACAAUGCUGGCUGGGAUAUUGGCAAAUCGAUUGAAGAUUGAUUGGAGGGGACCAAGAGGAGAGCCAAUGGGCCCGAAUUACAACGGAUGUAUCACACAACUCGACCAACGUGGUGUCCAUGGUGGUGUUGGAUACAGAGACCUUGUCACUGGAUUGGCGGAUGCGUCGAUGGCUGCCGUAGGAGGGUGGGAUAUCCGACCUACAAAACCGGGCGAUGCUCUCUUGGAAGCACAGAUUUUGGACUAUGAUUUGGUCAGACAAGUGAGAGAUGAAAUGAACGAAGUUAAAAUGUUUAGAGGUCUCUUUGAUCCUCGCUUCAUUGGAACAUCCCAACAUAACACGGCAAACUACAUUUUGACAGAACAAGAAGCGAGAAGCGAUAGCGAUGCGUUAAAAUGCUUAAGAGCUGAUAUCCGUUACUUCAAAUGGAAGAAUGGGGUAGUUGGUCACACAACAGUCAUUUGGAGUGCUUCUGUCGAACCGAAUUCAGAGGUAGUUGAGAGCAUCCAAACUGCAGAGGAAUUGAUGAUGUGCAUUGAUAUGACAGAAGAAGAGCGAGGCGGUCCACUUCCACCUUCUAUCUUGUAUGCCACGGCAGCAGUGUUGGAAGGGUGCUCAUUUGUGAAUGGGGGCAGUCAAAAUACUCUUGCUUGCCCUGGUUUAGCAGAACUCGCUCAACAACAACUUGGUGUGUACUGUCUCGGCACCGACUUCAAAGCUGGUCAAACAAAAUUCAAAACUGCAGCAGUCGAGUACAUUCGAACAAUGGGAUUGGAACCAAGGGUUAUUGCAUCAUCAAAUCAUUUGGGUAAUAACGAUAUGCGAAAUUUGGCGUCUGCAAAAGCAGCGAGUACCGCAAAGCUUAAGGUAAAGCAUGAUAUCUUCGCGCCUUGGGAAGAAGAAGACUUGGACCACAAGGUCAGCAUCAUGUUCACUCCGUUUAUCAACGACGAAAAGAGAGAUUUUGUUGAGUACACUAGUUUGGGUUUCCUGGGACAGCCGCAUACUAUGGUGACAUACACAAGGGCAUCAGAUUCCGUUCUUUGUGUGCCCUUGAUGAUUGACGCAGCUGUCUGGUGUGAUUUUUUCUCUGCUCGUUCAUGGUCUUUCGAACGAGUUGCCAAGGCUUUGGCCUACCUGUUCAAGGUUCCUGAAGGAGCCGCGAAUGGUGUCGACCCUGGUUUCUUCAGACAAAUGGAUGUGCUGAGAUCUGAAGUAUUAGCAGCGCAUGAAUCGAAAAAGAAAAGUAAACGACGAGUUCGCAUCAUUGACGAAGAAAAGGCUACAGAAUGGGCAAUUCCUCAUGAUGCGAGAGUAAUAUGUGCUGGUCUAGCUUGCGUCGACAUGCAACUUAACAACUCAACAGGUGGUGAUGGCGGCGAAGCGAUCGAGACUUUUGAAGGGGAAAAGAGUAUCGGUGGAGGAAGCGUUUCAAUGGCUUGUAAAACUCUUGGUCGCCUAUGCCAUGGGGAGCCAAUGGACAGUGGUCAUAUGCAAACAAGCCCACCAGUUGUCACUUCAGUCUUACCACUAUGUAUGAUCGGGAACGACGACACCGGCAACAAGCUGCUUGCGCUCUUAGAGAAAUGUGGAGCGACAUGCCGAAAUGUCGACACGAGAGUUUCCCGAACCAUCCGCUCGGACAGAUCAGACAUCCGUACAGCCCUUUCUGUUUUGCCUAUUUACAGGGAUGGACGUCGAGGGUGCUUUUUCGACGCAGCGAGCAACGACACGUUCACACCGGAUCAAUUAAUCAAAAUGUUGUCGCAGCUCUCGACAGGCACGAAUGUGCGGACUCUCCAAGACACCACUCCUGUCUAUGGAGCGCUUUUAUUUGGAUACCCACACUUGCUCCCCCUUCUUCAAGGAGAAGCCCUUGCUCGGGUAUUUUAUUCGUCUAGAAAAGUGAUGAUGGAAGGUGGAAUUGUGGCCCUCGACUUAAACGGUGUUCCAGAAGCUCCUUUUGUCAGAGCAGGAUCAUUGCGCGAUGUCGAAGAUCUUCGAAAUGAUGCAGUAAUAGGUGCUGCACUUCAGCAUGUCGAUAUUCUUCACAUGAAUGAAGAAGAGUUGGAAAUGUUGACUGGUUGUGAGCUCUCAAAUACAGCCGAUUUGGCACAGGAUGAUGAAUUUGCUAUUGCGAAAGCAACCGACCUUUUCUUGAAAUGCGGCGUUGCUGUUGUAGCAGUAACAAGAGGAAAGAAGGGUAGCUACGUUGCCUGCAACAACGGGACAAGAUUCCAGGAAAGUCCAUUGCUUCCAACAUCAUGGGUGAACUGUGCGGCCCACAUUCCUGCAGCUCUAUUGCCUCCAGGCACUGUGCUGAAUACCAAUGGAGCAGGCGAUUCUUUUGUGUCAGGACUACUAGUCGCAACCAUGCUUCGACAUACAGGAAUGGAUCUACCACCAACUCCAACCAAAAAGGAAGAGGUCAGUAGAGUCACGGAGGAACUUAUUACCCCUCCAAGGACUACACCCCCUGGUAAAAAGGCAACUCCGUACAGCCUCUACAUUAGAGAGAACUAUAUGUCUCUGAAGCAACAAUACCACGAUGACAAAAAGGCCAUCUUCGAGAGAUGCCAUCAAAUGUGGGAACAUGAAACGCCCGAUGUGAAGUACAUGUUUGAACGUAUGGCUCGAGAGGAGAAUGAAGAACCCUCGGCAAAUGUAAAUGCUCUGGAUAUGAUGAGUGAUGUCGGUACUAUGCCACCCCAGAUGGGCGAUUCCCAGAACGAUACAAUCGCACGUCAUUAUUCGACUGACGAAUCCCUCAGCCUCGAAUCAGCAGUCACUCUUGCGAGUCUAGUUGCUGCGCACCAUGUGGAUAUGAGUACAAGGGACCUUCCACAGCUCGAUAUACACAAAUUGAUUGAAAAGGCAUCUGUUUUUUCUCAUCCAGGCCGAGGGAUGAGCGAAAUCUAG